AUGGCUUCGGCAGCAGUUCAACACCCUCUUGGCUCCGAGCAUUUCGGAACUACCAACGACCACUACGGUCAACCUACUACAGCGGUGAACUCCAACCCGAAGAAAAUCUCAUACAAACCCCGUGAUGUCACCACAAUUUUCAACUACUUCAAAGACAAUGAAGACGGAAGUCCUCCUCACCCAUCCUACGUCGGCCAACCAGAAACCUACUACAGGCCCACCGUCCCAUUGCAAACCACAGUUCACGACAUCCGUGGAUCAGAAGACAAGUACACACUCGAUACAACUGGUUUCCAAGUCGUGAAGCAUGAAAGUGACGAAAAAGAUUUUGCGGAUGAUGGACAUAUCAAAAGCGUCUAUUAUCCCGAGAUUGAAGAUAUUUUGAAGAAAGCAACCGGCGCCUCCAAAAUCUUCAUCUUCGACCAUACCAUCCGGCGCGAAUCCGCUGAUUCCCGCGCCAGCACGCAAGAUGAGGCCAAGAAAGUCACACUCCGAGGUCCAGUCCAACGCGUGCAUAUCGACCAAUCCUACGCCGCCGCCCCUCAGCGCGUAGUCCACCACAUCCCAUCCGAAGCCCUCGAACUCCUAAAAGGCCGCUACCAAAUCAUCAACGUAUGGCGGCCCAUCAAAACAAUCCUGAAAGAUCCCCUCGGAGUCGCAGAAGCAAAUUCGGUGAAAGAUGAGGAUUUGGUGCCGGUUAAGUUGAUAUAUCCCGAUCGCGAGGGGGAGACAUAUAGUGUGAGACCCAGUGAGGGGCAUACGUGGCAUUAUUUGAAUCAGCAGACGCCGGGGGAGGUGCUGCUAAUUAAGUGUUUUGAUAGUAAGACGGAUGGCAAGGCGCGACGGGUGCCGCAUAGUGCGUUUAUUGACGAGGAGAGGGAGAAUGAGGUGACGAGGGAGAGUAUUGAGGUUAGGGCUUUGGUUUUUAAUGAGAAUGAUAGGGAGUAGGAUGUUGGAUGUGCAAGGGGAACCUGGGAUGGACGGGUUUGUUUGUGAGGCUGGGACGCUAUGUGUGAAAUCGAACUUGGUACCAUUCAUUAAUUGAGCUUCUGAUCGUUAUGUUAAAAUGAUAGUGUGGCGCACCGGGACCCGUUCCACAAGACGCAUUCCGGCCG